AUAGAGAUGUGUCAGGGCCGAGGUCCAGGCCAGCUGGUGUGAUGGAUUGGAGCUCUAAACCGAGGCUGAAGCUGAUGCUGCAGAAUGUGUUUCUACUCGUGUCUACCAGCAUCGUCUGUCUGCAUGGAAAUCCUAUUGCAGGUGAACACAGUCUUCACUGUGUGAAUGAUUACCUGUCAACUAUCAACUGCACCCUGCGCUUCGCACCAACAGAAAACACCUCAGACAGCAAAAGCUCCUACUGGCUGACUUUGACCAGAAAAACCGAACAAAAUACAUUUGUGUGUAAGCUGACAAACACCAAUGAGGGUUAUUUCUGCUCUGUUGAAACAUCUGAUCCGAUGGAUAAUGAGGAUGAUUAUGAUUAUUUGGAGACCUUUGCGGAUAUAGAAACCUUUAAAAUCUCACUCUGUCACAACCAAAAUGAUGGACCUGAUAUCUGCAAGGUGCUGGAUGGCAAAUAUGCACCUAUGACAAACAUUAAACCAAACGCACCGAGCUGCCUCACAGUUAGCCACAACUCAAGUCAACACCACUUCACCUGGAAAAGCACCUAUGAGAAAUGCGGUCCUUUCACCGCUCUGGUCAAAAACUUCAAGUAUCAGCUCCGUUACUUCAAAAGAGGAGACAAACAUAACGACGACAAUGGGGUGAUGUCACAUGAUAUUAACACAGACAGAACAAGCUAUUCUGUGGAUGAUCAGGUAUUUGUGUCAGCCACUGAGUACGCUGCCAGAGUACGGUCCAGUCCUAAUCUGGCUUUCUAUAAAGGACAGUGGAGUGACUGGUCCCCUGAGGUUCACUGGAGGACGGAGUCUGCCAUGAAUGACCUCUCAAAAAAAACAUUGAUUUCUGAAAUGGGUAAGAAGGUGUUCAUCUCCUUAAGUGUGAUCGUGCCACUGGUCUUACUAUUCUGCUACGCUCCUGUUAAAAAGUGGAGGAAAAGUGCCUUUAUCCCAACACCAGCACCCUAUUUCCACACCCUGUACAGUGACUGCCAGGGAGAUUUCAAGAGCUGGGUGAUUACACACGAAAACACGGCAGACAUGCUGAAAGUGGAGGCAUCACUCCAAAUCGACACCCUGACCAAGUGUGAAGAUGUCCCAGAGGAAGACUGUCAGCCCCAGUUUGACCACCUGUUGACGGAAGGCAGCGCAUACAGUAACAUUAUUGGCCCAGUCUGUGAUUCUUCUCUCUUGGGCGUCCCUUAUGCUGUGAGCACCAUGGCUGCACUGUCAGCUCCAGGGGACUCGCUGAAGAGUCUGACCCUCAGCUCUCAGCCAGGCAGCCCUGCUGAAGGAGACUCAGGGUGUUGGCUCUGCAGUGACACGUCCCUGGACAAGGAUUCUCCCUGGUAUUGUAAUGAGUACUGCACCCUGAGUGCCUUUCAGCAGACUAGUCCAGUCACAGUGGUUGCCAUUGGGGAAGCAUAAAAUUAUGUUUACAUGUUGUAAAGUUAAAAAUCUAAAUAAUUUUGGGCCCAAAACUCAACUACACACAUCAACACAGUGAAAUAUGCCUUUGAACACUCCACUACUUCAAGCUACAAACAGCUACUGUAAAAACAAAGCUUUUGCAGUAGUGGUUUUUAGCCAUUAUGACAUUAACCAGGGCACUUACAUUUCUAAAAUGUUUCCACAGCAUUAUGCAAAAUGUAAAUGAUACAAAAUAAUUGCAUAACCUUUUCCUUGCGUCAAAUGUGCAAUGGCCCUGCAAACAAUAGUUCUCAGACAGACUUAAGGAAAAAAAAAAGAAAAGAAAAAAGGACAUUUUUCAUAACUGAGUAGCUUGCUUUGCUUCUGAUCUUGAUGUAUAUUUUCU